GUAUUUUUCCCAUAAACAACCCUCUAAAUUUCAAACCAUACCUCACAUGUGACACCAUAUAUCACUAAUUUACUAUUCAGAAUUGCUAAUCCAUCCAUGAAACCCCUCAUACUCAAUUAAGAAAAUUAAAUAAUUGUUCUCUACCACCCUCCAUGUGAACCCUUUAUCUGGCACUAAUUUUGUUUUGAUUUUUUCUAUCCUAUAUAUACAAUACAUGAUCAACUAGAACAUAACAUAACAUAACAUACAAACAUCAAGUUAAUAUUCUCUGUCACAGUUUUUGGACCCUCAAAAUAGGACAAUAUGGGUUUCAAUGUCCAUAAAUUGUUUUUCCUCUCUUUCUUUAGCCUAGCUCUCCUUGUAUCCAUGCACCUAGUAGGAGCAACAAAGUCACAUAAAGUGAGUCCUUCAAAAAGGAGAAAAGAAUUAAACAAUUGUAAUUUGUUCUCUGGUAGUUGGGUGAUUGGCUCUUCAUAUACUCUCUAUGAUUCUUCAAGCUGCCCCUUCUUAGAAGCUCAAUUUGAUUGCCAAAAAUUUGGAAGACUUGAUAAUCAGUAUCUUAAAUACUCUUGGAAGCCUGAUUCUUGUGCUUUACCAAGGUUCAAUGGAGAGGAUUUCUUGAAUAGGUGGAAGGGUAAAAAGAUAAUGUUUGUGGGUGAUUCAUUGAGUCUAAACAUGUGGGAAUCAUUGUCUUGUAUGAUUCAUGCAUCGGUACCAAAUGCCACUACAAGCUUUUCUAGGAAAGAAUCAGUGUCUACUGUGAUUUUCCAGGACUAUGGAGUAACCAUACAACUAUACCGUACACCAUAUUUGGUGGAUAUAAUUCAGCAAGGUGUUGGUAGAGUGCUUACGCUGGACUCCAUAAAUGCUGGUAAGGCAUGGAUUGAUAUGGACAUGUUGAUCUUCAACUCAUGGCAUUGGUGGACCCACAAGGGAGAUUCACAAGGCUGGGAUUUUAUUAAAGAUGGUCCCAAUCUAGUGAAGGACAUGGACCGUUUGGAUGCAUUUUAUAAGGGAUUGACCACUUGGGCUGGAUGGGUUGAUGCUAAUGUUGACCCUACCAAAACUAAAGUCUUCUUUCAAGGAAUUUCCCCUACUCAUUAUCAGGGCCAGGAUUGGAAUGAACCAAGGAAGACAUGUAGCGGGGAAGUUGAACCAGUACCUGGGCCAAAAUAUCCGGCGGCACUACCUCCUGAAGCUGAUGUAGUGAACAGAGUGUUAAAGAACAUGAAGAAGCAGGUUUAUCUACUUGACAUAACAUUACUCUCACAACUAAGAAAAGAUGGACAUCCUUCUAUCUAUACUAAAGAUCAUACAGGCAAUGACUGUAGUCACUGGUGCUUACCAGGACUGCCUGAUACUUGGAACAUACUCCUAAAUGCAGCUCUAAUAAUGUGAAAUUAGAGUAUUAUUAUGAGUAGAUGCUUACUAAUACAUUACACUCGAUUCUUGAAGAAUAGAUCACAAAGGGAGAUCAAAUUGUUACAGGUGUUCUGAAUAAUACUAUAAUAAUAUAAUUUACAAUGAAUCACAAAAUGCAAUUGAAAUUUCACAUUGAUUAAUGCACACUUUAUGUUGAAUA